UAAGAGAGAAAGUAGAUUGACUACUCGAUUGCAAUGGCGAUUAUGUUGGUCGUUGUAAAAGUUUAGAAAACGAUCUACUCGAACUUUCCUAAUUCAACACAGAUUAGACUGAAUGUUUCCUAAUUCAACUCUACUUAGACUAUGACUGAAGCUUAUAUGUAUCGACAUGAUCCCUCCAUGUUCAUUCGAUCGCUGCUUUACGUACUCUUGCUUUUACUCGAGAUUUGGGGAAUAUGUUUUCUGUUCGCACAAUCCUCUUCUACGAGGAUGAAAUCAAGACAUGGGUUACCGACGAGCCCGCUGUGGUUAGCCGCUGGAUUCGCGAGGUCGAGUGCUUCCACCGUCGCAAGCUCGGGAGGCUGAUCGUUGGCCUCGAUACCGAGUGGUGCCCGAGUUCCAAGUCCAAUAGCGACUUUGACCGGGUGGCGACCCUCCAGCUCUGCGUCGGCCACAAGUGUCUCAUCUUCCAGCUCCUUCACGCGAGGUAUAUUCCCGAGUCGCUCUUCGUGUUCCUCGCCAAUGCGAACUACACUUUCGUCGGAGUCGGCGUGGAUGAAGAUGCGAGGAAGCUCACCAAUGACUAUGGACUCGACGUGUCGUGCACCAUCGACAUCCGUGGACUGGCAGUGAGGAGGUUGCGGAACGACUUGUGGGGUUACAAGGGUCUCAAGAAGCUAUCCAAGGAGAUCCUCCAUAAAGAGCUCGAAAAGCCGAAGGAGAUUACAUUAAGCAGGUGGAACAACAAGGCGCUCACGGAUCGUCAAAUUGAGUACGGUUGCCUCGACGCCUUCGCUUCUUUCGAGCUCGGGAGAGUUUUGAGGGCAUCGUUGGUGAAUAGGGUCUUUGAUGGUUGGUGCGUUAGGAUCGACGAAAGCUUCUUGUUUCGGGAAGAUAUAUACCCUUGAUCUUCACGAAUUUCACUCAAAAAAGUUUAGGGAAACGUACCAACGAAAAGUUUGCAGCUUUUAUAAUUGUUUCUGACAUACUUUUUCAUCCAAUUGUUGUUUGACUAUGUUUCAUGAAAUGAUCAUAGUUUUCUUUCCACUUA